GCUGACCUGAGGGAGGAAGCGAGGCCGGGCGGCGCAUGGUUCUGGCCUGGGCCACGUUUCGCGGCGGCGCGGCGAGGCUGUUCUGUGCCAUGGGCCGCAGGCAGCGCCACAAGCAGCAGCAGAGGCGGGAGCGGGGCCCGGGGGGCUGGCCCGAGGGCGGCUACCCAGAGAUCGUGAAGGAGAACGCGCUGUUCGAGCACUACUACGGGCAGCUGGGCCUGGUGCCUCCCGGGGAGUGGGGGGACUUCAUGGCUGCCCUGCGGGAGCCGCUUCCCGCCACCCUCCGCAUCACCGGCUACAAAAGCCAUGCCAAAGAAAUUCUCCAUUGCUUGAAGAAUAAGUAUUUCAAGGAGCUCGAGAACCAGGUAGUAGAUGGCCAAAAAAUUGAAAUGCCACAACCACUAAGCUGGUAUCCAGAAGAGUUAGCGUGGCAUACAAACCUAAGCAGAAAAGUCCUGCGCAAGUCUCCACAGCUAGAAAAAUUUCAUCACUUCCUUGUUAGCGAAACAGAAUGUGGGAACAUUAGUCGCCAAGAAGCUGUCAGCAUGAUUCCACCCCUGCUGCUUAAUGUUCAGCCUCAUCACAAGAUUUUAGACAUGUGUGCUGCACCUGGGUCUAAAACUGCUCAGCUUAUUGAAAUGUUGCAUGCAGACAUGGAUGUUCCUUUCCCAGAGGGAUUUGUAAUUGCAAAUGACGUUGACAACAAGCGCUGCUAUUUGCUGGUGCACCAGGCCAAGAGGUUAAACAGCCCCUGCAUCAUGGUCGUAAAUCAUGACGCCUCCAGCAUCCCUAAUUUACAGAUAACCACAAAUGGAAAGAAGGAGAUACUUUUUUAUGACCGGAUACUAUGUGAUGUCCCGUGCAGUGGAGAUGGAACCAUGAGAAAAAACAUUGAUGUGUGGAAAAAGUGGACUACACAGAAUAGUUUACAGUUGCACGGGCUGCAGUUAAGGAUUGCAACUCGUGGAGUGGAACAGCUGGCAGAAGGAGGCCGAAUGGUGUACUCCACAUGUUCUUUGAACCCAGUUGAAAACGAAGCUGUCAUCGCCUCUCUGCUAGAGAAAAGUGAAGGUGCCUUAGAACUUGCUGAUGUUUCUGAUGAAGUGCCAGGUCUAAAGAGGAUGCCUGGGGUUACACAUUGGAAGGUAAUGACAAAAGAUGGGCAGUGGUUUGAAGACUGGAAAGACGUGCCUUCCAGCAGGCACACUCAAAUACGGCCCACCAUGUUCCCCUUAAAAGAUGAAGAUAAGCUUAAAGCAUUGAAUUUGGAGCGUUGCCUUAGAAUUUUGCCGCACCACCAAAAUACUGGAGGAUUCUUUGUAGCUGUAUUAAUUAAAAAAUCUCCUAUGCCAUGGAACAAACGCCCACCCAAGCUCCUACUGUCACAGAAGACAGAACAUGUAGAGCAGUCUUCUCUGACUGUAUCUUUAGAAACAACUGAAGGCCAUGCAGCCACAGAAGCAAAAGAUGAAGAUUCCUUGGUAAAGGAGAGCACCGAAAGCAAGAAGGAUGGUGUUUGCGGGCCACCACCAACUAAAAAAAUGAAACUUUUUGGAUUUAAAGAAGAUCCGUUUGUAUUCCUUUCUGAAGAAGACCCGUUAUUUCCACCUAUUCAAACUUUUUAUGCUUUGGAUCCUUCAUUCCCAAAGAUGAAUUUGUUAACUCGUACUCAAGAAGGAAAGAAGAGGCAGUUAUACAUGGUUUCCAAGGAGAUAAGGAAUGUACUGCUAAACAACAGUGAGAAGCUGAAGGUUAUUAAUACAGGAAUAAAAGUGUGGUGCCGCAAUAGUGAUGGUGAACAAUUUGGCUGUGCCUUCCGAUUAGCACAAGAGGGAAUAUAUACACUGUACCCUUUUAUUAACGCAAGGAUUGUGAACGUCAGCAUAGGAGAUGUUAAAGUGCUGCUAACAGAAGAAAACCCAUUCUUAAGUAAACUCAGUAACGAGGUCCGCAGUCAGGCCGCAGGAAUGGCCAUGGGGAGCAUAGUGCUGAAAUAUGAACCAGAUCCCAAUCAGCCAGAAACCCUUCAGUGUUCGAUUGUGCUUUGUGGCUGGCUUGGCAAGACUUCCAUUCGUGCGUUUGUGCCCAAGAAUGAGAGACUGCACUACCUCCGAAUGAUGGGAGUGGAGAUGUUCAAAGCAAAGAGGAAAGAAGUAGAAGAUAAAACUGAAGCAGGAACCACAGGGCAGGGAGUGGAAGACUUGAGGAGCGAAACUAAGGAGAACAGUCAGCUGCUUGAGCAAACGGAAGAGGAAUUGAAUGGUCAGCCUGCACAGGAGUUCAUCAAAACCAGUGCAGCAGAGGUGAAAAAUGAUACGGGAGAUUAUCUUUCUUCUGAUGACAAAAGUGAGAGCACCCAAAAUAAGAAAAGUCAGGACAGUGCUAACCCUAGUGAUAUACAAGGUUAAAAAGUUGACUUUAUUGACAGGAAAUGUGCAUCAUUGUGGAAAUUUACACUAGUGCUAAGCACUGCGAUGCAAAUUUUGUUAAAGGGCUUUUCUGUUUGUGGGGAAACGUGCUACGGGAGCAAUUUUAUGAUCGUUCCAUCCUGUUUUUAAGUAAUUUUCCCUAUCUUUACUCUGACUUGUUUUAACAUGUAAACUCCAUGAGGAUAAUUAUGUUGAGUCUGUUGCUGGCAAUGGACUUUGCACCAUUCAAAUGGCACCAGUCAGUUUCAAGAUUAAAUAAAUUAUUCCUAUGUGGAUAUAAUAUCUAAAA